GAGGACUCAGGGUUCCCGUGUCCGUGUGGAUGGUGUGAGGACUCAGGGUUCCCGUGUCCUUGUGGAUGGUGUGAGGACUCAGGGUUCCCGUGUCCGUGUGGAUGGUGUGAGGACUCAGGGUUCCCGUGUCCGUGUGGAUGGUGUGAGGACUCAGGGUUCCCGUGUCCGUGUGGAUGGUGUGAGGACUCAGGGUUCCCGUGUCCGUGUGGAUGGUGUGAGGACUCAGGGCCCCCGUGUCCGUGUGGAUGGUGUGAGGACUCAGGGCCCCCGUGUCCGUGUGGAUGGUGUGAGGACUCAGGGCCCCCGUGUCCGUGUGGAUGGUGUGAGGACUCAGGGUUCCCGUGUCCGUGUGGAUGGUGUGAGGACUCAGGGUUCCCGUGUCCGUGUGGAUGGUGUGAGGACUCAGGGUUCCCGUGUCCGUGUGGAUGGUGUGAGGACUCAGGGUUCCCGUGUCCGUGUGGAUGGUGUGAGGACUCAGGGUUCCCGUGUCCGUGUGGAUGGUGUGAGGACUCAGGGUUCCCGUGUCCGUGUGGAUGGUGUGAGGACUCAGGGUUCCCGUGUCCGUGUGGAUGGUGUUGGGGGACUCAGGGCUCCCGUGUCCGUGUGGAUGGUGUGGGGGGGACUCAGGGCUCCUGUGUCCGUGUGGAUGGUGUGAGGACUCAGGGUUCCCGUGUCCGUGUGGAUGGUGUGAGGACUCAGGGUUCCCGUGUCCGUGUGGAUGGUGUGAGGACUCAGGGCUCCCGUGUCCGUGUGGAUGGUGUGAGGACUCAGGGUUCCCGUGUCCGUGUGAUCUGGAGAGAGACUUCCUGAAAGGUUCUUCAGGAGGGUGCUCUCAGCACCCCGCCCUCACACUGUCCCAGUCCCACCUCCUUCCAGGUGCCCAUCAGUCUUGCCAUUCGGAGCCUGCCUGCCCCAUUGUAGCUGCCAGGGCUUCUUGGCUGGGUUUCCCUGGGAGAGAUGGGGUUCGCCCCGCCCCAUUGUAGCUGCCCGGGCUUCUUGGCUGGGUUUCCCUGGGAGAGAUGGGGUUCGCCCCGCCCCGGGAGCCUCUCUGCCAGCUGGAGACGUUGCCGCUGGUGGGACCCGGACCUGUGCAGGGAGGCCUUGCGGGUCUGUUUGCUCAGAUGCCCCACAGGGAAUUCCAGAGCCUCCUGCCCUGGGGGCCGCGACCAGCAGGGCCCUCAGAGGCUCAGGGCAGGGGCGCCUCUCCCUCUUGGGGACAGCUCUGCGGGUGGCGGGGGACUUACCUUAAGAUUUCUUCAGUGUUUGACUGUUACUUUGUUUCCUGAAAUGGAGAGGGUGUUUAAUGAGAAAGACACCCUUGACCCUCCAACCACCUCUGCCCCAGCUGCUGCGGAGGGCAGGCCUGGCUUGGCUCGUGUCCUUUCUGGCGUGGGGAGCACAGACUCCACUGUGGAGGUCAGUGCUUCUCUGUGUGUGUCCACCUGGCUGAGGUGGUCUUGUGAGGGACGAGGACGGCAGCCCGGCUGCGUGACAGGUGUUCAGGAGCUGCCCUUAGGGAGGGGCCUUUCCUGUGGCUGUGGCCAGUCUGUGGCCAGCAGGAUAGGGCCUGCACACUGCUCCCUCAGAGCCUGCCAUGGCCCCAGCUCUGUCCAGGGCCUACGGGGAAAGGCCCUGGGUCGAGUGAGUCAGAGUGCUCGGAGGUUUGCCACAGUCACAGACGUGCCUGGGCCUGUCACAGCGCCCCGUGUGCACAUGCGCGGCUGGCACGAACCCCAGCGCCACCCCUGUGCUGUGCUUUGCAGGCGGGUGUGCUCACAGACAUGCACAUGCACACACAUGCACACGUGCACACAUGCACACGUGCACACAUGCACGUGCACACAUGCACACACGUGCACACAUGCACAUGCUCACACAUGCACACACGCAUACAUGCACAUGGUAACACAUACAUAUGCACAUACACACACAUGAACACGCACACUCUCACACAUGUGCACACACACGCACACACAUGCACACAUACACAUGAUCACAAUACACAUGCUCGCACAUGCUCACACAUGCACACGUGCACGUGCACACGCUCACACAUGCAUACACACAUACAUGCACACACGCUCACACAUGCAUAUGCGCAUACAUGCACAUGCACGAACACUCCCACACAUGUGCACGAUCACACAUGCACACACAUGCGCACGCUCACACAUGCACACACACACACAUGCGCACGCUCACACAUGCACAUGAUCACAGUUGCUUAGUGGAGCAGGGCUGCACAGGCCACCCUUCGGGGCAGGCAGCCGGGUCGGCCUGCAGGCCUGCAGCAUCCCCUAGCAUUCUGUCCCAGGCCACCCUUGCCCCGUCACCGCGCGCUGCAUGCAGGACGCAGGCUGGGCCUCGUCCCUGGACGGCACCUGUGU